AUGCUAGCGGGUAGCUAUGUUGCUGGCUCUUUACCGCUUACUACCAAGCUAUCUGAUAGAAAAAUCCGUAUAUUGAAUGCGCUUGGUGCUGGUUUACUCAUUGGUACAAGUUUGAUGGUGGUGAUUCCAGAGGGUGUCGAAACCAUCUACUCUAGUAGAGCCACCAGCAGUUUGAUCGUUGGUAAUUCGCUACCAAAAUCUCACUAUGCAAAAAUACCGAAUUUAUCGACAUUGGAUACCACAAACAAAAACUGGGCCGCUGCUCAUGGUCAAGAAGAAGCAGAAGAGGAUGACACGAUGUACAAGGUUGUGACGAAGCGUGCUCCUACAGCAGAAGAAGGAAAAGAGGAAAAGGAGGAAGGAAGAGAACAUGUCGCAGUGGGGUUAUCUUUGAUCAUUGGAUUUGCACUCAUGUUCAUUAUUGACCAAGUCAGUUCAUUACACAUGACAGCACCCAACAACAAUGGCAUAGAGUACUCAGAGCUGGGUGCAGUAGGUGGAGGGAGCCUCGAGCAUGCAGAGGAAGCAGCCACCAAUCGCUCUACAGCAAAUGACGAAUCCAUUUAUCCAGACACACAUACAACGCCUGUGAACCAGCCAUCCAUGACGCCCACCGUUGGACUCGUUGUGCACGCAGCAGCGGAUGGUAUUGCUUUGGGAGCCAGUGCAUCUCAUCCUCAACUGUCGAUGGUUGUGUUUAUUGCUAUUAUGCUUCACAAGGCACCUGCAUCGUUUGCGCUUACAUCCUUACUUUUGGCAGGUGGAUUAUCACACGCGACUAUCCGUAAACACUUGCUUUUCUUUGCAUUAGCAGCACCUUUAGGGGCUUUAUUUACUUAUUUUGCACUCUAUUUCUUUUCUUCAUCAUCGGCAUCAGCAUCUAAUUUGGAGUACUGGACAGGCGUGUUGCUAGUUUUCUCUGGCGGCACCUUUUUAUACGUGGCUAUGCACGCAUUGCAAGAAGCAUCAGAAUCCAAGCAUCACCAUGGUAGUGGCCAACAACAACAAAAGGCAGAUCAGAGCCAAUUGCUUAUUAUUCUUGCUGGCAUGGUGAUCCCAAUCUUUCUUAGUAUGACCCAUUCUCAUUAA